AUGGACACCAGUCUGAAUCCCCGUACCCAGUCCGAAUGGGCAAGAACGGCGAGGUCUGAGGGCCUUAACCCUGAAACGGUCACUCCUUUCGACCGAAAGUAUGGAUCCGCAUCUGUACUAAAGUUCGCUGAGUUUUUGAACCUCAAAGUUCUCUGGAACAGAAGGCCUGCCCAGGACUUCAGAAUUGGAGACUUUGUCCAUGAAGGUCCUAUGACCGAGGCCAAUCGCAUUGACCUUCGUGAAUUGCGGAAUGUCGUGGGCACAGUCAAAGGCGAAGAUCCCCAUCCCAGCAAUCGCCUUAAAGAUAAGUCUGCGCCGCCGCCCAACGGUCUUUUCACGACGUUCCACUACUUCACCCACCUGGUGAUGAGAAGCCAGAGUCGGGACCACCAAGCGUCACCCAAGAUAUCACGCCCAAGACGAAACGCACCACGAAUCAUGCCUGACAACAUCAUAACGGACUUGGAGAAACUGCACCUUGGAGACACUCCACGGGCACUGGAUCUCCGCACCAGUCCAAGAACGCCAGCCACCCAGCUUGGUCCCGGAAAUGAAGACUUUGGUACACCAUUUGUCGGCGAAGUACCUCCCCGGACAGAGUAUGAGGCUACUGUCAACAUGGGGCUCAUAACGAUGCUCUGCGCGAUUCGGCUACACUGUUCGUCACUCAAGGACGGGCACUGGCUUCCGGACCCCAAGCCAUUCGACCUUCGCGAUCCAACUACAAGAGACUCUCCCGCGAUUCUCCAAGCACGUGUGGACGGGUAUCUGUCAAAGAAGGGUCAAUUCGACACUGCAUUCGCAAUCGUCGAAGUGAAGCCAUAUUCACGAACGCUCAAGCGCAAGAAAAUCGAGUGGCAAGAGGCGGCCCAAAUGGCCGCAUGGGUUUCGCAAACAACAGGCAACCGGAUGGGCACCCUCGCCAGCCCCGAAAAUGUCAGGCGUCGAUUUAUGAUCUCUCAGGAUUGCGAAGAAAUCUACAUCACCAUAGCAGAGUACGACAAAACAUACCAAGACUACAUUAGUGGUCCUCAAAUUGACCCUAAUACUCACAAUAUACGCGCUGUCAUGCAAGGCCACCAUCCCAUGUCGCCAACGCCUAUGGCACCCCGGAACAAAGGAAAUGGAGGGAUAAUUCAAGGAGGUUACGGCGUGGAUAACAGACCCUCGGGCCUCUCCCAUUCGCCUUUUUCGGGCACUGCUCCGAAUACGCCCGUCCGUCCCGUCUACAAAGACCCACCGCGAUUCCAACUCCCCACUGCCGCUUCAGCUCGUGGUUCUACUCAGUCUGGUCGAAACACUGCUCAGGCCCUUCGCCAGUCAACCUCAGACGUCCGUAAACACGACCCCUCCAAGUCCUAUGUAUAUCCGAAUCCGGGAUUCCUGACGAUGACAACAUAUGGCCCAUUUCUUAUCGGCAGUGGCAAAGAUAUGGAAUUCCUUUGCAGAAUCAUCGUCGCGUUGUCUAUGGAGGUGCUCAGUAAUCCAGAUCCUACUCGGAGUCUCUGA